AUUUUGCAAUAAGAUAAUUGUUUAUAUGUAAAGUUCGCAGUCUGUUGUCAUUAGAGUUGGCGCAAGACUAAUUUCAACAAUUUAUUAUCUUCGCACGCUGCGUGGAAAAAACGAAAAUAACCAACACACACACACACCCAAAUCGAUGGCAAACUUUUUUGCAGCAGCGGUCGAAUCGGAGCGAUCGGAAGCAGCGACGGAAGCGUCACAAGCAACGCUUUGUUGCUGCGAAUACGUUGCCGAAGAUAAGCAGCCCUUUCAUAUGCUAGGAUGCUGUUGUAAUUGCGAAGACUUUGACUUGGUAUGCACGCGCUUGAUCACGUGUAAGCGUAUUGAACAACGCAACAUCGACGGCAUGCUGAUCGCCUUCCAGGAUCGAUUGCGUCUGCCAUGGCGCGGCGGCGCCAAACGCAUCUCGCCCGCGGCUUUAGCCCCUGCAUUUAUUGUGCCACUGAUGAUGGGUUUGGCAGCUCUAAAUGCCAAGACUGGCAUUGUGCUAAUGCUCACUCUGAUUGGCUUCACCAGCUGGGGAUUGCAGUUGGCAGAGCGCACAGCGACCAAGACGACGUUCUUUCUCAGCUGGAUUGUCUUUUCGAUAGUGUACAUGGUGGUGAUCUUUGAGUUCGAGGUGCCACUGCUGGAACUCCUGCCUGAAGAGAACUACAUAUUGCUUCUGUUAUCGGGAGGCGCUUUGUAUGCUUUGUACCGCACCAAGAAAUUGGCGCCGCUGAAUCUGGUGACGGCACAGUAUGGCACCACGCCCAAGGAUGAGCUGCCCGGCAUUACAGAAGCGUCUAGUGGCGAGGAGCAGGCCGAACAACAAGCAGCAACCGACACCAUUCUAGGCAUCGAUGAUGAUGACGAUGAUGGGGAAGGAGACGAUGGCGAGAAAGCUGGUCUUAUGCAGCAGCAUCGUAGUGGUCAGCCGAAUAUCUGUGAGAGCUGCCGCAAGGUGACACCUAGGCGCGCAUAUCAUUGUGCCGUCUGCGGCAGCUGCGUCAAGCGGCGUUCACAUCACAGUUAUUGGCUCAACUGUUGCAUUGGCGAACGCAAUUAUCGCUGGUAUUUGUUUGCACUCGCCUUGUCCGAGUGUGCGCUACUGCUGGGCGCCAAUCUGACACUGACAGCGGUGUGUCAUCCGUUUCUGGUAGUCCGUCUACUGGGCAUUCCGCUGCUGUUGCCCGACGAUUGCAGCGAGGUUUUCGAGGACUUUGAAUUGGGCAUAUCCUUUGUGGUGGCUGCUUACGCCAUUCUCAUCUCGGGCUACAUCACUUUUGUGCUGGUGCGUCAAUUGUAUCUGUGGUAUCGUGGCACCACCUUGCAUGAGUUUAAGCGUGUUAAGCCCUCCUCCUCAAGCGGUGGCAUUGGGAACGGGAGUCGCAAUCGCGUCUGGAACAACUGGCGUGCCAUGCUCAAGUGAUCGAAUAUGGUAUAGUAUUUGCUGUAGCAACACUUAUUUAAGGCAAAGAGACUCAGCUGAAUCCUAAGCUAAACUCUGUAUUAUUCUCACUUAGUUUAAUAGCUGUUGUUUUAUGUUGUUUUCUGUUUUUUAAGGCGCACGCAAUUUAAGCUUACAAACUAUACUUAAUUAUAAUAAA